GCUCGGCCGUCGACUGGGGGAUUUCGGCCACUUUCUCUCCUUCUCUCUCCCACCACCAGCCAGGAGAAAGCACUCUCACCAUCCAUCCAGAAUGCUCACACCGUCUCCAACUAUAACUCCCCUCGCGUUAAAUUACCCCUCGCAAAUUUCCUCGGAGAACGACUACCUUAAUUUAACAUGAAAUUUCAUAUGGAAAAUCGCAUGAAUUUACAUGCACUGUAUCCCUAAUCCCUACUGUGUAUAUUAUGCAAAUUAACAAUGCAAAAAAAUUCUUAUAUGUACUUCUUGAAAAAUAUAUGCGGCCGUAAAGAAAAUUGAAAAAUGUUCACAUUGAAUCAACUGCAAAAACAACAAGAUUAACAAAAAAAAUCAAAAUUUGAACAGUAUUUUUAUUACACUCAUGGCACGAAACUAUAUGCUAAAAAUUACUAUUUUUUAGGGAAUAAUUGAUAAUAAUUAUUCAUGAUAAUUUUUAGUGCCUUGCAUCAUCAAUCGAGUCUAAUUGUAAGACCCGAGCGUUACUAAGGUAUAUUUCCUCCCUUGUCUGUCUGUAAUUCCGCAAAAAUGUGUGCAGAAUAUUUAUUGGCAAAUCCUUGACUCGGGGUUUUUUGUAUGUUACAAUAAUUAUGAAGCAUACCGCAAUUAAAUUCCUAAAUUCCAGUGUCUCAAAUGUUACGAUCCCUCAUAUCAACGUAAUGUCGUAUCUGCGGUGCGACCAAAUUUAAUAAAUAUCUCAGAUAAGGCCUGAGGUAGACUUCGAGUUAAGUUUGCGACGUAUUGGAAAUUUAACUAUGACACUUGAAGAGAAAGUGGACAAACUUGAGAGCACUUCCAAUCAAACAAUUGCGGUUGUGACUUCGGCGUCUGGGUCGCCCAAAUUGGGGGUGGAGGACAUGGCAGAUGUCAUAUCGGAAGUAGAAAGCGUUCGAGUGAUCAACGCGUCGAAAUGCGCCACUUGGUCAGAUAACCCAGAAAAGUCGGACUGGGUGGUGAGGUUGCUGCUGAGCAGUGAACGACCUCAAGAUCUUUCUAGUCGAAUUGGAUUUGUGGUUGUGAGCAAUCUGGACAGCAAGCAGCCUUCCGAAGAGAAUAAUAAAACCAACAAGAUGCAUUCUCGCCACGACACGAUUGACCUUCCGGCAUUUUGCGAACUCCUCGACAGAGGCAGCUAUUUUACAAAGCUGGAGUUGGAUGGAGGUUUUUUCAACAAUUCGUACCUAUUUCCACACGACCUGAGUCCAGACGACGCUGACAAAAUUAAUCUCAUCACACUCCCCAACCUGAAAACUUUAAGUAUCAAAGCCAAGUUAGCCCUCACCCUGAAAGGGUUGGACGCGGAUACCCAACACCAAUAUUACUGCCUGCAUCGCGAACAUUGCAACUCAUUCAAAACUAGGACAGCUAAAAACCUGUGGUACGUCUUCAAAGCGUUUGAAUGUCCAAAGUUGAGCACACUCGAAGUCAUGGAUUGCAUGGAAUGGGAUGACCCUGAGCUAAAAAAUAGCGAUUUCUUCUACUGGGAUCAACCCCUCGUCUCAUUUCUUCAAAGACAUGCGGCCACACUUCGAAGCUUCAAAACAUCGCCAAUCGUGGUGAUGCAGUUGAACAAGAGUAGUGGUCAUGUCGACUUUGCUGAAGUUGCUCCAUCCAUUGAGGAUGUUCUUUUCUGGAUGAAACUGCAUUUGGAUGACCUCUCCUCGUCAACGUCAGGAGCUGAGCAAAGGGAAUUAAAGUUACAUAUUGAAAUUGAAAAGCUGCUUCGACCAUGGCGGCAGUUCUUGCAGGCUCAAAAGAGCUUGAAAACACUGAUUUGGAUAACGGACGCUCAGAACCCAUGGACCUUCACGAGACGGGACUUUGGUAAACUAUGUUUAUGGAACUUGGGGAUGGAGUCCAUCAUGUUGGCUUUGCAUGGAGACCAACAAUUCAGAGAUUUCCAUAACCUUCCUCAGCAGCAGCAUCCUGUGAACAAUGUAAAGGAUUACGAAAUUGAUGCGACCUUAAUGCAUGGAAUGACUUCGCUUCGAAUUCUGUCACUUGGCUGCUACGGGAAAGAUCCGCAGAUGAAAAACUUUUGCUUCAGUAACCUCCAUCUUCUUCCUCCAACUUUGGAUACCGUACAAUUGUUCGGGAUUCGAGUGAUGAGCACAGAUUUAGAAAGCCUUGCAAAACUGCCCCUUCUGCGAAGUCUAACUCUUGUGCAGGGAGGGAAAACCACUUACACCGAGCAAGAUGAACUAAACGGGAACAUUGAGGGGGUGACAGGAAAUGUUCUCAAAACAUUGAUAACAUCUGCUAGGACGUUGGACAAGUUGGUUAUCGUCGGAUUCCCCAUCAGCAGCACCAAGUGUGGCGACUUGUCGACUGUGAAAACCACAAGAAAGGUUGCAAAUCAAAAUCAUGGUUGGUUUGGUGACAUUUGUGGCGCAAUGUGCAUGCCGAACCUUGUCGACGGAGAAACAGGCAACUCCAACCACAAAUCACAAGAACUUCUAAGUUUGCAUCAGUACUCUGACCAGCUCCAAGAAAUCAUAAGAACAUUUGCAUCCGUGGGCACUGUGUGCGACAUUUCUCAAGAUGACGAUGACCAACUCAUGACCAUGUUAACCAUGGGCUGAAAUUCUCAAAUCAGUAAAUCACAUUUAUUUUGUCUCUAAUAAAUUGUAAAUAAAUCAUGAAUGCAGA